UAAGCUAGAGAGAGAGAGAGAGAGAGAGAGAAUGGCUGUAGAUAGAAGCGAAGGCAAGUCCUCGGACAUUACAGGUGGAAGCUCCAACAUCCAUGGGGCUUCCGGCAGUAGAAUUACUGACUUACAACAAACCGCUUUCUCUUUGUCAGUCCCUCCUAUCAAACCCAUUCCCAAGUUCGACUUACCAGUCGACUCCGAGCACAAGGCCAAUGCAAUCAAAAUCUUCUCCUUUGCCCAACCCCACAUGCGCUCCUUCCACCUCUCCUGGCUCUCCUUCUUCACCUGCUUCGUCUCCACCUUCGCCGCCGCCCCUCUCGUCCCCAUCAUCCGCGACAACCUCGACCUCACCCGCUCCGACAUCGGCAACGCAGGCGUCGCCUCCGUCUCCGGCAGCAUCUUCUCUCGCCUCGUAAUGGGCGUCGUCUGCGACCUCAUCGGCCCCAGAUUCGGCUGUGCUUUCCUCAACCUCUUAACGGCCCCCACCGUGUUCUGCAUUUCUUUCGUUUCGUCCGCCCAGGGCUACAUCGCCGUCCGCUUUAUGAUCGGCUUCUCCAUGGCCACGUUCGUGUCCUGCCAGUUCUGGGUGAGCACCAUGUUCAACAGCAAGAUUAUUGGCCUCGUUAAUGGCGCCACUGCCGGGUGGGGAGAUAUGGGCGGUGGAGUGACGCAGCUUCUCAUGCCUUUCCUGUAUCACGUGAUCAAACUGUGCGGAGCAACCCCUUUCACCUCCUGGAGGAUCGCCUUCUUCAUCCCCGCCUGGCUUCAUGUUAUCGUCGGCGUCAUGGUCUUGACUCUUGGCCAGGACUUGCCUGAUGGCAACCUCAGUACUCUCCAGAAGAGGGGUGAUGUCCACAAAGACAAGUUUUCCAAGGUGUUCUGGCAUGCUGUCACAAAUUAUAGAACAUGGCUCUUCUCCUUCGUCUAUGGCUAUUCCAUGGGAGUUGAGCUUUGCAUAAACAACAUCAUCGCAGAGUAUUUCUACGACAGGUUUAAUCUCAAGCUUCACACUGCCGGAAUCAUCGCCGCCAGCUUCGGCAUGGCCAACAUUGUGGCCCGGCCUUUCGGAGGCUACGCAUCGGACCUAGCGGCCAAAAGAUACGGUAUGAGAGGCCGGCUAUGGACCCUCUAUGUGGUCCAAACCCUAGGCGGAGUCUUCUGCAUCUGGCUCGGCCUCGCCAAUUCCCUCCCCAUUGCCAUCGUCGCCAUGGUCCUCUUCUCCAUCGGAGCUCAAGCCGCCUGCGGAGCCACAUACGGCAUCAUACCCUUUGUCUCUCGCCGAGCCCUAGGACUAAUAUCAGGUUUCACGGGGGCGGGAGGGAACGUCGGAGGUGGGCUGACGCAGCUGGUGUUCUUCUCCGGCUCGAGAUUCUCCACCGCCAGAGGGCUGACGUGGAUGGGGGUCAUGGCGGUGGUUUGCACCCUUCCGGUGGCUCUGGUGCACUUCCCGCAGUGGGGAAGCAUGCUGCUGCCGCCGUCGAAAGAUGCAAAAUACACGGAAGAAUACUACUACGCGUCGGAGUGGAACGAGGAGGAGAAGCAGAAGGGUUUGCACCAUGGAAGCGUCAAGUUCGCGGAGAACAGCCGGUCGGAGCGCGGCAACAGAAUUGUGUCUGCGCCGACUCCGUCCGGCGGCACUCCGUCGCAUGUUUAAUUUGUGAAUAGAUAGAGAUUCAGCAUCUUAUGAUAUAGUUUGCGAGUGGAUGAUGUCAAUAAACAAGUACUUCAUAGAUGAUAUAUAUAUA